AUGAAUCAAGAGAGUAUUGAUGAACAAAUAAGAAUUUUUAAUAUGAACAACGCCGAUUUUGAUAUAGAAAUAUCUUCAGAAACAAAAAUAAAUAAAAGACCUGAAAAGAUUGAAGGUGUAUUAAAUAACAAUCCAGUCUUCGAAAGCAUUCAUAAUGAUAAAAACAAAGCUGGUGAUUCAAGUGUUAUUGGUACAAUGGCUGAAUUACAUGAAGCCCAAAAAUUAUUAGGAAAAGCUAUGAAUACAGAUAUUGAAUCUGAUUAUAAUCCAGAACAAGAAAAUAAAAUGAAAACAAAAACCACCACAAUUGUUAAACAACAAUCAAAAAAACCAACAAUUACAAGCUUAUCAGAUAUUCCGUUUGGAGGUUUGGAAGAACCCAAUGUAGAACAACCAGUUGAAGAAAAAACAUUUGAAACAAUAAUGAUGUGUAAAAAUCCAAAUGAUGGAAAUGAUGUUGAUUUAUUAUCAAUACCUGGUGUUAAACAAAAGAUGAAUUUAUAUGUAACAUCAUUAAUUGAUAUUAUUUUUACACGUGAAGAAUUAUUGCAACUUGAUGCAACAAAAAUCAAAUUUAAUGAUGGUUAUAAAUUAAGGGGGGCCCCCCCCCUCAGAAACGAAUUCUGUUAUUUUUCAUCCGAUUUCAACCAAAAUUUCAGAGAAUGUUAGUCUAGGAUAGGGGAGAUUAUGGUUAAAAUAUCUCUCCAAAUCUCCAAUAAACUAAUGAGUUAUAGUCAAUUUAUUGGUCAAAAGUACCUUGUACGCGGGCAAGGAUUUCACAAUAAGGACACGAGCUAACAAGCCCGGGUGGUUUUCAAGUUAUAGAGUGCCCUUAGGGCUAGAUCCUCACAA